AUGUCGGGGCGAUGGUCUUGGUGGGAUACUUGGAGACAAGACCUCGACAACUGCAGGGUCUCUGUGGAAGAUGCGUUUGGCUGCAUCGGGGCUCACCGAAACGAUAUACGGUCGAUCAACGGUCGCCUGGAUGCCUUGCAGACGCAGCUCUCUGGCUUGGAAACCGCUUUUUCUGAAAUUCGAAACAAUCAAGAAGUUUUAAAGCUGCACUUGGAACGACUGGUGGUUCUGAGCACUAUGUGGUGUGAUGAGCAGAUAGAAUCGCUUCAAUCAGAUGCGUACAUUCGCGACGUGCAGUUGAAUCGCCUUCAGUGCUCGUGCGUGCACUUGGGAACGGUGCAGCAGGAGCUCGGGGAUGACCGUGCUGAGUCGGUGGAGAAAGGCACGCUGCUCGUGCAGAAGGUGCUCAUGCACCAAAUGAGCAUUCCAGCACUGAACAAAUGGACGACUGUGGCACCGUGCGCCUCACUUGUCGCUGCCCAACAGCAUUUUUGCGAAGUGCUGCCUGAUGCCUUGCAGGCGUGUUUCGGCAACCGACAAGAAGUUUCAGAAGAAUCGGAAGUGGACGAAGGGGUAGCAUUGGGGCAGCCUGUAGAUCAAACAGCAAGGUGGCGAAAGCUCGCGCGUAAGCGUCAGCAGAAAGCAAGCAUUUUCAUGAAGGAGCCCGAAUCUCGUUUUCGCACGCUGGCGUGGACAGUGCUGACCGCGCCCAUUAUGCGCAUACACUUCUCAUUAUUCAAGCAUGCUACAUGGUUCACAGAACGGCCAAAGGAUGAUGAGAGAAAUGGAGGUCAGGGGGAAGACACAUCCUCUGCAUUUGGCAUGGUGGCAGCCCGACCCACCCAGAGAGCAUUGUCUCAGUUAGCCCAGAUGGUGCGGUGCCCUGACAAUGAUGCAUGGAUGCCCCUAGUUACCUUCUAUGGCCCCGUGCUGCAGUGGCCUCAGGCCAGGUUGCGGACCACCAGGCGGGCUGUAUGCACCAUUGUUGGGCAGCUAUGGAGAAAGCUUGCUGAGCCAUGGCAACGACAUCCCUGGAAGUUGCUUGGCCUGCUGUCCGACGAUGAUGACGCAAGGAGAGCAUGUGCCCAAGAACUGCUUGACUGCAAAUGCUGCUGUUUGGAUAACUUCUCAGAAAAGUUGCGUGGCAUCUGUCCGUCGCUUGAGGAGUUGUUGUCGGAAGACACGCGUUCCUUUGUCGAAGCGGUUUUCAAUCGGGUUGUGCCCACUUCGACAUAUGUGGAGCGUCUUUUCGCACGUUAUCAGAAGUGGACUUCAACGCGUGGCCACAAGCUCACCUGCAGCCAGCUUGCUGCCAAGCACUACACAUACGCCAUGACCCACUUAGUGGGUUUGUGGCGCAAGAAUCGUGUGCGUGAAGGUGCUUGGUCAGUUCUCCCAGCGCAGGAGCAGGCCAGGUGGAAACAAAAGGCCAGGGUGCAGAACGCUGCUGCCAGAGCCAGACAACAAGAGGAGCGGUUGCAAGAAGCGGCCGGGGACGAAAACAACUUCUCGGGAGGUCCUUGGGGCAUAGGUUCGGAAGAAGGCUUCCCGCUGGCCCGCCACGUUGUGGUAGACAGCAUGGAUCGCAAGCGAACCAUGGAGCAAGCGUUUGCAGGUCGCACCCAGCAGCUGCAGCCCGAAAACUUGGAUAGCUUCUUGGGUGCGGUAGAUUCAGAUGAUCAAAACCUCUUUGCCACUUGUGGGAGCCAGGUUUGCUUCAACAGUUUGCCGGCAGGGCUUCAAGCCGGGUUGAGAGGAUUUCAUGGUCUGUUGCUUCAUACAAUCAUGAAGCAAGCUCCGCUGCCACUAGCCAUGGCAGAAGAACCGCUUGUGAUGGCAUUCGCCUCAAAUGCCGCCGACUGCACGGAGUAUGCUGUUGUGGCAUACCACACGCGCAAGUCCCCAAUAGAAGCUGCCUUGCUUCGGCUUGAAGUUGCUACUGAAGAGGGACUGCCGGAGGAUGUCUCCUUGAUUUUAAAGAUGACGAGCUCCCAGGACGGGCAGCUGCAUUUCAGCAGCAACCAGUCGUGGUGCUUCAAGCUUUUUCAGCGAGCGACGGAUUGGGUCCUAUAUGUUUUGUCAGUCGGCCAGGUGCGAAAGUUGUGGCAAUUCGACAUUACAGGAAGUGAACGCGUCGAUGAAGAUAAAACCAGAAGGGACAUGGCUGCUGCCAGUGAGGCGUCACGAGUCAUGCAAGCCAUGCGUGUUCUGCAGAAGAGGCCCCAGCCCAGAAAAAGAGCCGCUCCAGAUUUGGUCCCGCGACCGGGUAAGAAACAAAGACCAAAGGCACAGCAGGAGAAGGUGGCGGAGGCCGCAGCAGCUGCUCCCGGGAAGCAUCAGGAUCAUCAGAUGGCAGAAGUGGAAGAGGAGGUGGAUGAUGAGAGCAACGAUGCUAGUUCCCAGAGUGACGCAGAACAGGUUUUCUCAGCUUUCGCCAUGGGCGAGGCACUGGAAGCACCGCCAGUUGUUUCUACCGAGGCUCCUGCAGUCCGUCAAGACUCUGUGACGACAGGGCGGCACAAUGUGAAGCGCGCCACGAUUUGGGGACGGAAGCCAGCCUUUCAGAUCGCACCGAUCUAUUCAGAAGGAGUGCACACCGGGUGGCGUGCAUUUUGCGGUCGACACACGGACGCCACUGGCAGAGCGCUGCCUUGCCAGAAGACCGUGAACAAUGGUUCGGGUCUUUCGGACGGCGAGUGCGUUUUGCGACUGAAGCGAUGGCUUGUAGCCGGGUUCCAAGAUCAGGACUGGGGGGGCAACAAGAGGUCGUUCCACCUGUCGCAGGGUGGCUGGCAGCUGGGAGCGUACAGCGCAGGGUUGUCGGAGCAGGAGUUGGACGCCCUGGUGCUUGGGCCUUGGGCCAUGGUCCCGGCCAGCUUCGAAUACCGGGCCUUGGGACGGAGCUGGACGGAAGCUUCUCACCUGGCAAAAGCGCGUGAUGACUGCUCCUCGUUAGUGCUGGACCGUGUGCCCAAGCUUCUGUCGGCCUGCUGGGUGGUGGUGCAGAGCGUCAGUCGCCUUGCGCAUCAUCCGGCCCGGCGCUUCCCCGCAGCUUUGAGCUUCAAUCUCGGUGGCAUCUUUAGCCUGACUACUUUGCCGCCUCUCAUGACCUGUAUGAACAGCAAGGACCUUGACGAGUUCUUGGACGCGCGGGAGGCCACGGACGUGCAGGAGGAGGAGGGGGCGUCCGAAGCUCUACCUGAGCGGGUUGCGGCCACUGAUUCUGAGCUGGGUGGAAGGCCUAGUUCCUCGACAGGCUCUGUGACGAAGCUCCGCGUAGAGUACAACCUGGCUAAGUCUUGUACGUGUUGCCUUUGCAACGCAAAGAGUACAGACACAAGUCCUCUGGACGGGUGGGAAGGAGAUGAGGACCGCCUCCUUGACGGCCGCCUCCCGUGGUCCAAGUACGGCAAGAGAGCAAUGCCGGACGGGGAGGUGGUCCGGGUGCCGGAGGGGCGGCUCGACCUGAUCUGCCUGAACGUCUUCCGAGCCCUAGGCGCGGCCUGGCCGAGUGCUUUGAGGCUGCGGUCAACAAUCGUGGAUUUCUUGAAAUCCCAAGCAGAUCUAGGGAUCCAGGACUGCCAACGGGCAGUGAGGUUCCUCGAAGAGCGCGAAAUGCGCGAAGCAGAGCGGUUGGCUGCGGAGGCCCUCGCCAGACACUCUUUGCGUCUUGCGGCCGUGGCUGCAUCAGAUGGUCAGCCUUUUGACCCGAGGCUUCAAGCCGAGUACGGGAGUUACUCCAACUACUUCAAGGAGGUGGUGAAGAAGGAGAACCAGACCAAGCACCAGAAGUUCUUGAACGGGAGAAAAGUUUGGAUUCAACAGCAUGGUGACACUCAAGGUCGCACCAAGCUGAAGAACAAGAAGGACCUCCUGGCUGCCACCAAAGAGCUGACGAUCGAGCGCAAGAUUGCCGGAUCUUUUGAGAAGCCAGAGAAGGCUUUUGUGACACCAGAAGGAUGGAACCCCAGCAUCCAUGGCGGCGAGUACGACAAGACCAAGGAAGUCGAGGAGGACGUUUUCGGCAAGAUCGUGAAGGGUGUGUGGGUCAACACGGGGCCCGUGGGCGUUUUCAAGUUCAAAGAGUUUGACCAAAAGGCCAUUCGUGAAACCGACACGGAGCAUAGCGCAGAGGACCAGCUCUUUGCGGAGGAAGCCUUUGAACGCAAGAAGAAAGCAGCUUUUGACGUGGUUGAGACUGCUUCCAAAGCCAGGGACAACGUGGCUGUUAAGGGCAAGGAGAUGUCCAUGGCCAGCCUUUUGCAGAGCAUCCAGGCAUCAUCCGGUGCGGGCUCAUCCAGCGACCCGAAGCGUGGUGGAGGCUCCAGCGACGGUGAGGACUCAGCUCCGGGUGCCGGCAACGACGGUGCUGUUGAGAGUUCCUCUGAGGAGGAGGAGGCCGGACCUUCUGCCGCACACAAGAUGUUCGGCAAGGUGUCGUCGGCCAAAGCCAAGGCCACUCCAGCUGCAGCUUCAGGCCAGGACAAAAGCUCUGAACCCAGCAAGAGCAACAAGAAGGCUGCCACAGCGGCUGCAGGCAAGGCCAAGCCCAAGGCCCAGGAGGCUAGGAAAGCCGCGACAGUCAACACAACACCCAGGGCAAAGCCCGGGUCGGCAAAGCAAGAGGGCAAGGGGAGUGUGGGACCCAUGUUUUCGUUAGGUUCAGAGAAGGCUUCCGAUCCUGUGACCUCGCCGGCAAAGGCAGGCGACAUGCUCUUGGUUGACGGUCGGGCCAAGCGCGCGUACAACUCCAUGACGGAGAAGGCUGACGAGGGUAGCGGGAUGUUGGAGAAGAUGGACCUUUCCGAUGCCGUGCCAGCUGCGCACGAGCGGGCGGAAUGGAAGGCCUCCUUGGCCAAACGAGCUGCCCAGUGCAAGCUGAUCGUCCGGCAAUGCAAGGACCAUUUGCGCCGCAUGGACAAGAGUGCAAACAAAGAGUCUUUCAGUGAGCCACUGCAGCGACUCGAGCUUGUUUCGACAACCGCGCAGACCUUUGACGCCUUGCUCAGCGUUGCUGGUGGAGAUCCGCCAGAGGCUGAGAAGAUGGUUGAGGCCUAUGAGAAUGCCUUUGAGGCUUGUCAGAACUUGUUGUUCAAGCCAGCAAAGGCCUUGGGCCCAGUCUUCAGCUUGAAGUAUAUUUUGGCAAAGGGCAAUUUGGCAUGCCUGUACCAAGAGUAUGACCAGUUCUGCUCAAUGUUGUUGUGGAAGCGCGACAAGUUGGACCAGAUGGAGAGCCUGUCGAAGGCCUUGGGCCGGGACAAACUGCAGCAGCACAUCACUGCAGAGUGUGAGAACCGUCUGACUAUGCUUAUGCGGUUGGCCUCGCCACAAGACCUGCGGGCCUUCGGCUCAAGCAAGCUCGAAGGUUCGCUGCUGGAUGCGUCUACCCUCUGCGAGUCCAUGCUGACAGCUGGGACCAAGGAAGGCGACAACUUUAUCCUCGCGGAGCUCUCUGCUGAUGUCCAGAUGACCCAUGCCAUUCUCACGUUAGGCAGCAAAGACUUGAGCCUUCUCAGCACGGCUGUUGCAAAACUGCAGGAAGUGCAAGCCGCCCUGGAGACCAAGGAGGAUGCGGCAGACGGAGAAGAUCUCGAGACUGAGGUGUCAGCCCUCCCCCGCUUCUUUGCGCAACACAACAUCGGCAAGGCCCUUCUCGAUAUGGCUUGUGGCCGGGUCCUCGCCAGUGCAAAGGAGAAAGAGGCCCAGGCAGCUCUCAAGGAGUUUGAGAAGGCUACUUCCGACAUGAAGGCCUGCCGCCCACAUCAGAAAUUUCUGGAAGAGUUCUUGCAGCCGGCCCUGGCCAAGUACCAGGAGGUCCAGAAGCUGUGUCAGGAACUGAAGAAGAAAGGCGAUCAGAAGUUCUUGACCCAGAGGAAUCUGUUGGAAGUUGGUGAGCAGUUGCAGAAGGAGCUGGACGAAGCCACGGAAGAGUUCAUCAGCGUCGUCGAGAAAGCCAGCAUCGUCUACCUGAGAGCCGAGUCAUUGCUUUGCGAGGGCUUGGAGAACGACGGCAAGACUGCGGGCUCUGAGGGAAACAUGUCGAUGAUCAACUUGGAUGAGCUUUGGCCCUCGUUGCACAACACAAGCUUCAUCGAUCAUGCUUCUUGGAAAACUUGUCCGGGAAAGUCUGCGUUCUUGCAGCGCUACAAGAUGUUCACGACAGCAUUAUGUGAAAUGGGCGAGUACCUCUUUCGCCAGCUCCCUUCUUUCCAGCACCUGCCGCAGGAGCAACCGUCGCCUGCAAAAAUGCGGCUCUGGUCGAACCAGUUGCCGGAACGGUUGGAGGAAUGGGUCGAAAGCACAGAUCUGCGCGCAAGGGUGCAGAAGACGUGUUUCCAGCGAUGCGCCGACCGGCUGAAAACUCUUUUCGCCGCAGGGUUCGCAGCAGUUGGCCAAGUGGUGGCUGAGGUCGUUUUGUCCACCGCCAAGAAGGAGGAUGCGGAUGUCAAGCUGUGCACGAAGGCUUUGCUCGACAUGAGUUCGAAGUUACAGGAGGCAAUGGCCAAGAGCAAAAGUGACAGCACAAUCGCCAACGACUUGGAGAUCUCCCAGCUCACCACAGUGGACCAGUGGUUGCUCGGCGUCGUUGAAGAUCUUCUGAAGCGGCAGAAGGAUGCCUUGGCCCAGGGCUUUGCCCGGGUGUCAACCGUCGAAGCUGAAAUUGAGGCUUCGCUUGGCAAAGUGCCUGGCUUCACUGACGAGGUUGCCUUUCGGGACGCUGGUGUGAAGGUGGUGAGCAAGCUCGCAGCCGCUGCGGCAAAGUUGGAGAGCAACCUCGGCAGUCUCAGUGACAGCAUGGAGAGCGUGGACAUUCUGUCAUCGCUGCGCUUUUCAGACAAAGGCCCAGAUGAGGAUUUAUGCAAAAGCUGCGAUGUCAAGUCCAAGACGGACGAGUUGGAUGCAGCCAACAAGAAAGCUACAAGGGCGGCUUGUGUUGUGGCCUUGGUUGCCAGUGUGUGUUUGCUGCGAGGCCCGGAGCUUGCGGAAUCGAGCCCGAAUGCUUCAGUCUUCACUCAGCUCCUCGAUGUCCACACAACUUUGAAGACAAAGGUCAGCAAGCUCUCGGAAGACAAGAAAGACACAGAUGCAAGGGUUGCUGCAAGGGACGCUGAUCUUGAAGCCUUUGCUGAGAAGAUCCUUCAGGAGUGCAGCACCGUCUUGGCGCAGCAGAAGGACCCAAAGAAAAAAAGGAAGGCCUCGGUGCCGGGUGAGGAGUUGGCUGAGAGUGAGCCAAGCAAGAAGACCGAGAAGAGCGUGGCGAAGGCCAAGGCCAAGACGAAGCAGAAGCCCCAGAAGGAGGCGGAGGAGGAGGAGGAGGAGGAGGCGCCCAAGCCGAAGAAGGACAACAAGAAGGGCAAAGGCAAAGGCACGGAGAAGGAAGAGAAGGCAGCGUCGGGCAAGCAGGAGAAAGGCAAGGCGGCCGCGCAGACCAAAAGGUCCGCGUCCGCAGAGGGCCAGGCGGAUGAUGCGAAAAGGCGCCAGACGAACUUCCUGGAUAAAAUGCAAAAGAAUCAAAAGAAGUAG